UUUGCUAGCCGCUUGCUGAACGUUUUCGUGUACAGUUUAUCGGAUUUUUCGCUGUUACCAGAAGAAAAAACUACUAAUAUUCAUACUGCUGUUUGUGAUUGAACUGCUGGUGGCAUUUCAACCAAGUUCUGCUCCAUAAUCACAUCAAAGUCAGCCCAUCACUUUCGACGGAAUAGCCGAGCGACUAUCCAACAACAUGGACCAAGCCAUGGAUAUUAACGCCUUCGAAGGCCGCAUCGUAAAGAUGGAAGUCGAUUACAGUGCGACGUGCGACGAAAAGAUUCCCCUGUGCAAAGAGAUGGCAAAGGACGAGAACAAGUUCAACGAGGCGCUCGAAAUUUUGCUCCAACUGGAAAAGCAAACACGUAUCGGUGCCGAUAUGGUGUCGAGUGCUCGUGUUCUCAUCGCAAUUGUGCAGAUUUGCUACGAGGCACGCAACUGGAACUAUCUGAACGAGUACGUCACGAUUCUGGUAAAGCGCCGUUCACAGUCAAAGCAGGCGGUGGCCAAAAUGAUCCAGGAAUGUUGCACCUACGUGGACAAGACGCCCGAUAAGGAAACUAAGUUGAAGCUAAUCGAUACGCUACGCACGGUGACCGAGGGCAAGAUUUAUGUCGAGGUGGAACGAGCCCGGCUAACGAAGAUGCUUGCCGACAUCCGGGAGGCGGAUGGGGACGUUACCGGAGCUGCCACCAUUAUGGAAGAGCUGCAGGUAGAAACGUACGGUACGAUGGAUAAACGCGAGAAGGUGGAACUGAUCCUAGAACAGAUGCGACUGUGUCUUGCCAAGCAGGACUUUGUCCGUACGCAGAUCAUCGCGAAGAAGAUCAACAUAAAGUUCUUCAACGAUGCCGAACAGCAGGACUUGAAGCUGAAGUACUACGACCUGAUGAUUCGGUUGGAUAAAGAUUCAUCGUUUAUAAAGACUUCCCGCCAUUACCUGGCAGUGGUGGAUUCGGAUAUGAUUGCACAAGAAACAGAGCGACGGCAGAAAAUGAUGAUAUAUGCCGUGCUGUACUGUAUUCUUUCGCCCUAUGACAAUGAGCAGGUCGAUAUGAUGCACAAUCUAUCGAAAAACAAGCUGCUGGAGGAGCUGCCAGUGUACAAAGAGCUGCUGCGUUUGUUCAUGUGCAAGGAACUGAUCAACUUCGAUGCCCUCUGCACGGUGUAUGGUGCCGAGCUGAACACGUUCGAUAUCUUCAAUCAGGAGACAAGCCACGGCAAGAAGUGUUGGGCCGAGCUGAAGAACCGCCUGAUAGAGCACAACGUACGCAUCAUCUCGAACUACUACACGCGAAUCAAUUUGAAACGCAUGGCGGAACUAUUGGAUCUGAGCGAGCGCGAAUGUGAGGAGUACCUUUCGCGGAUGGUGAACGCCGGCACGCUCAAAGUGAAAACGGACCGGCCGGCAGGCAUCAUUCACUUCUCGCAGAAAAAAUCUGCCUCCGAGGUACUAAACGAUUGGGCCUUCGGACUGAACGAGCUGAUGAACCUGGUUAACAAGACCUGCCACCUGAUCAACAAGGAAGAAUGCAUCAACAACGUGAUGCCAUUGCCGGUAGCACCGUCGUCGUCGUCGUGAGGAUGAGACUGAUGAACCUUAUCUCAAACCACACACAAAAAUCGUAUAUCUGUUCUACUUCAGCCUGGAUGGCAGCGUCAUUGGCUGCGUGUCCGGGAAUGGCAGAGAAACAUUUAUAUUUUGUUCUAGCAGCAUCGAUGCUUAUUCUGCAAAACAGUAUAAAAAUGAAACAUUGAAAUAAAUCCGCGUAAGCACA